AUUCAGAUGCUCCAGAAAGAGGCAACGCAGGGAAAAGUUUUGCAGGAGAGUCUCACUCAUAUGACUGCCAUCCUGUCAGAGAGGGAGAGAGAAGUGAAGUUGUACCAGGAGCAGAUGAAAAUGCUUGAAAGGCAGGCAGAAAUGCACCAAACUGCUCUCGAUCAGGUUAUCAAGGACAUACAAAAGAAAAAACAGAAGAUGGACUCACUGCAAGAAGAGAUACAGGAGCUGGAGAAGGAGCAAGAAAAACAAAGGAUUGCUGUAAGCAAAAUGAGCAAAGACUUGGAGGAGAAAGACCAAGAGAUCAGAUCCCAGCAAGAACAGAUACAAGAGCUGGAGAAGCAGCGAGAAAUACAGGGGACAGCUGUCAGCAAUUUGGGCAAGGAGCUCGAGGAGCGAGACCAGAAGAUCAAGUCCCAGCAAGAAGAGAUACAGGAGCUGGAGAAACAGCAAGAAAUGCUGAGGACAGCAGUCAGCAACUUGAGGAAGGAACUUGAGGAGCGAGACCAGAAGAUCACAUUCCAGGCAGAGAAAAUAAUGGCUCUAGAACAACAGGGCGCAUCACAAGUGAGAAAUCUGCAGGUGGAUCUUGAUUGUAUGAAAGGAAAGUUGAAGGAGAAAGACUUGGAGCUUAUAUCUCUGACUCAGCAGAUCCAAGAACUGGAAACGGAGAGAGAAGAGGUGAAAUCUCUGCACGUGAGCCUUGAACACCUGAGGGCAGAUCUUAAGGACAGAGAGAGUGAGUGUGAUUCUCAAAGGGAUCAGUUAAGACUCUUGCAGCAGUACAAGGAACAGCAAGAGAGGAAACUGCAAGAGCUUCAUGAAAAAGCAGUAAAUACAACACUUUCUUUAUCUGAAAAACAUGAAGAGCUGCAGUCACAACAAAAGCAAAUCCAGGAAGCUGAAGAAGUCAUGGAAAUGCAGCUCAGGGCUGUCCGUGACCAACUGGAGCAGACCUUAGAGACAUUAAAAGACAAAGACAGACUUGUGGACAUCCUAAAGAAACAAAUAAGGAACUGCGAGGAAAAAACAGAAGAACAAAUGAAUGCCUUAUGCGGAGACUUAGAAUGCACUACAGCACUACUGGAAGAGAAGGAUUUAAUGAUUGCAUUUCAGAAGGAACUCAUUGAGGAUUUGCAAGAACAAGAGCAAGACUCUAAGCAGCAGAAGGAAGACCUGCAGUAUCUUCAAGUGGCACUAGAGGAAAAAGAGCAAGAAAUUUUAUCCCUUAGAAAGCAGUGUGAGGCCUGGAAGGAAAAGGAGGAGAAGCAUGAAGCUGUGCAAAGAAAUCUUCAAGCAACAGAUCUGACUCUGAAAGAAAGAGAAGAAAAGAUACAUGUUCUGGAGGAGGCCGUCUCUAAGCUUCAGCAGCAAAAAGAGGAGGCAGCAAUGCAGACUAAAUCUGUGCUGCAAAAAUUAGAAUAUGCUGAAUCUUCUUUAGAAGCUAGAGAUCAAGAGAUAGUGUCUUUGCAAGAGCACAUCCAGGACCUUCAAGAGCAGAAGGCGUUAGAGGGCAAGCAGGCCAAGAAUCUGCAGCAGGAUCUAGACAAAAUGAAUGAAACGUUGAAGGAAAACCGUGUGGCAUUCCUCAGGCAGACAGAACAAAUGAAUGCUUCCCAGCUUCGUGAGGAAAGAAUGAAAGUAGCACUAGCCAAGGCUGAAAGUGAGCAAAAAGAGUCAGAAGAGGAAAUCAAAGGUCUUCGGGAAGAUCUCCAGCACAACCAGCAGACUCUGACAAAGAAGGAUGAAGAGAUCAAGUACCAGAGAGACAGAGUCGAGUAUUUAGAGACAACUCUGAGUGGAAGAGAACAAGAGCUUAAGAGGCAGAGUGAACUCCUGAAAAAAUUAACAUCAGCUUUGUGA